AUUGAAGAUCAGAUCCCUCUUUUGUUUUCUUCUCCAUUAAGACUCCAUCACCGGUCACCACUGUUUUCCCCCUUAUCUUCUGUGGAUAUGCCGACAUGCUGCGAGAUCUGCUGCGAGAUACUGAUCGCAAUCUUGCUCCCUCCUUUGGGCGUUUGUUUCCGCCACGGUUGCUGCAGCGUUGAGUUUUGCAUCUGCUUGCUCCUGACAAUUCUAGGUUACAUACCAGGAAUAAUCUAUGCUCUCUAUGCUAUCGUGUUCGUGGAUCGCGACCAGUAUUUCGACGAGUACAGGCGUCCCCUUUACUCUGCCUAGUCCACUGCCUCUUAGUAGUAUACUUUCAGGUCGUUUCUAUCAAACUCAUUCCUUGAAUGUAUUGCGUGGUCACCCCGUAUCGAACGCUAUUACAUUUUGACGAAAUGAAUAUUGGUUGUUCACUUGGAUAGAAGAAGUAACUGCAGGGAAGGAUUUGAAUCU